GUCAACUGCCCAACCUUGCAGAUUAAAAUGAUUAAAAUUUUCACAUUUCAUCAUUCACAUUUGGCAAAUUAUUUCUAACAAUCAGUUGUGUAUUAUAGUCCUGCUUCAUCUUCAGUAAUAUAUUUAUUUGCUCGGUUAAAGAAAAAUGACAAAAACUGAAUAGACUAUUUGACAUAUUCUCAGAAAUUUAGUUCUCAUAUUUGACACUCACGUUACCACAUCACGUUACGAGAAGUUUUUGUCGCAUACAAAAAUUAUGGAUGAGGAUAGAGUGAAUUUCUUCUCAAGGUCUGAGAAAGCGAAUGAGACGAAAAAUUACACUUCAAAAAUGAAGUUUCAUCAUUAUCAACUUAACUGGAUGAUUGAAGAUUUUGAACUGAUGUGUAAGAGCGUUAAAAUAAUUGAGUCGCCGAGAUUUCCAUCAAAGGAUUUAUUUAAAUGCCAGUGGUUUCUAGAAUUUAAACCUACAAAAUUAUCGGAUAGAAAUAUAAAUGAAUUUCAAUUUUUUUUAAAAAGUACAAAUAAUAAGGAAAAAUAUGUCAAUGCUGAAAUUACAUUUCAUAAUUCUCAAUCUGUAGUUUACUCAUUAGUAUCCUACGUUUUACCAAUGGAUUAUGAAAAUCCCUGGUCAAUAAGUGGAUCUGAAUUUCGUGAAAAGUUCGGCAAAGCUGUACCGAAAAAUGUGCUUGUCAAAUGCAAACUUAGUGUUUUUGAUUCACUGACAACGAUUGAGGAAGAACCACCAGUUAAACGAAGAAAGUGCAACGAUAUAAUAGAGAAUUUUUCAAGUUUACUCAGUAAUGAAAAUUUCAAAGAUGUUACGUUCAAAGUAGAGGAAAAGGAAUUCACAGCCCACAAAGCGAUACUCGCUACUCAAAGCUCCGUCUUCGCUGCGAUGUUCAACAGCAAAAUGAGUGAAGAGCUAACGUCGAUUGUUGAAAUAAAGGACAUAAAGCCGAAAACAUUUCAACAAAUGCUGAAUUUUAUUUACAAUAUUCAAGUUGAAGACUUGGACGAACUGGCAUUAGAAUUAUUUCACGUGGCCGAAAAAUACCAUUUGGAAGAUUUAAAGAUCAAUUGCGUCAAUAAUUUAAAGAAAAAUCUAUCUUUAAAAACAGUUAUUAAAACUCUUGAAAUGGCCGAUUUAUAUUCACUCUUUGAUUUAAAGUCCGAAUGUCUAAAACUAUUGCUAAAGGAAUGGGAAGCAGUUCAUAAGUCUGAAGAAUUGGAUAAACUAAUAGAAGAUCGACCCUAUUUAGUGAUUGAAGUUGUAAACAUGCGUAAAAAUUUAGAUAAAAAAGAAGAUGUAAGUAACAAUUCAACAAGUGUGUCCUGCAUUCUUCGUAAUUAAAAUUUUGUUUCUUCGAAUAUAAGUUACUUAAUAAUUCAUUACUUUUUCAGUCUUAUAAACACAACAAAAUGUAAUUAAUGUACAAGAUAAAAAUUUAGUUUUAGGACAUGCAUAAUUUUUAGCGCUACGUCAGAAUUGUGAUGUUCCUUUAUGAAUCAUUUUUCAUAUUCUUAAAUACAUUAUUUAAUGUCGAUUUGAAUUAAAAACUUGUAAAAAAAAGUGCACAGUAUUAAAAUUGAAUUAGCCGUAUUGUAAGUUACAUACAAUUUAUAAAAUUAUAAGAAAUGAAAAACGGUUCCUUUUUUACCGAAUAUGUAAAAUUUGACUCACCGUUAAGCUUUGAUGGAAGAGAUAAGAUUUAAAUAACUAUUAUACUGCUUUAUAUCUUAUUCCAAAUUUUUUUCGUACUUGUUCUGUACUUCGAUUUUUAAGAACAGUUAAAACU